AGGCGAGAAGUAAAGGAAAGGCCCAAAGGAAAAACAACAAGACUGUAAAACCCUAGCAAAGCUUGGGAAGAACCCUCAGAUUCUCUAAUGGAAGGCGUAGAAAAUGGGGAAAAAGCCACGCAAUGUCCAAACUGCUCGGCAGUGGUGCUCUCGAAGAGUGCCCAGAAGAAGGUGUUGAAGCAGCAGAGGUGGGAGGCGAAGAAGGCGGAGAAGAAGGCCCAGGAAAAAGAGCACAAGAAGAGAGAGGGAGAGCGGAAGCGGAAGGAAUGGGAGGAGACUCUGGCGAGCUUGAGCGAAGACGAGAGGUUGAAGAUGAUAGAGUCCAGGAAGAGCUUGAGGAAGGAGAGAAUGGACAAGAGGUCAGAGGAGCGAGACCGAAAGACGGAGCGGCUCAACAGAGCCAAGGAGUGUGGACAGAAGAUUGUGAUUGAUCUCGAGUUCUCUCACCUCAUGACGCCCUCUGAGACCCACAGCCUCGUUCAACAGAUUAUGUAUUGUUAUGCGGUGAAUGGGAGGAGUAGUGAGCCGUGUCAUCUGUGGCUGACUGGGUGCAAAGGAGAGAUGGGUACGCAGUUGCGCAGGCUGCCGGGGUUUGAUAAGUGGAGUGUUGAGAGGGAAGAUGGGUCCUACAUUGAGGCUUUGGAGAGUGAGAAGCAGAAUCUGGUGUAUCUGACGGCUGAUUCGGAAAAUGUGGUGGAUGAUCUUGAUCGGAGCAAGAUAUAUAUUAUUGGGGGAUUGGUGGAUCGGAAUAGGUGGAAAGGAAUCACAAUGAAGAAAGCAGAGGAGCAGGGAAUCCAAACUGCAAAGCUCCCCAUCGGGAAGUACUUGAACAUGUGCAGUUCCCAGGUCCUGACUGUGAAUCAAGUGGUUGAGAUUCUCCUCAAGUACUUGGAAACCAAAGAUUGGAAGGCUUCCUUCUUCCAAGUGAUUCCACAGCGAAAACGGUUGCAAGCAGCUGAUGAUUCAUCAGAGGAACCUCAACAACAGAAAGUAGAAGGAAGUGAAAAAAGUGAAGAGAAAGAUGAUGAUCAAUAUGAAAGCAAAAAGCAGUGUGCUAAUGGCCCUUCUUCUUUGGAAGAUGUGACUGCUGCCUGAAAGAAUGAACCGAAAAAGUUAUCUUGUUAAUUUUGAUUCAUCAAUCAUCAAGAUGGACUGGAGUCUGGAGGAGCCAUUAGCAUCAAGAUGGAAGAAGGGCCAUUAGCAGUCACAUCCACAUUGCUUCAAUGAUCCAUCCCCAAUGUAGUUGUUGAUCGGAAAACUAGAUAAUGAAUACAAUGACCAAUUUGAUUUUGCUGUUGAAACUUGAUUCAUAUCUGCAAUACUUUUUGCAAUACUGUCUUA